AUGGCGGAGAACAAUAACAAUGACGGCGACGAGCCAUUCCCCUGGCACCUCGGUGUCUUCGACGCCCACUGCCACCCCACCGACACCAUGUCCACUCUCUCCUCGAUCCCCAGCAUGAAAGCCAAAAUCCUCACAAUAAUGGCCACACGAGCACAAGACCAGCACCUGGUAGUCCAAGCCGCCUCAAAACUCGGCAUACAAUCCUCAGACGCCGCAGCGAGCCUCGAGUCUCUCAGCAAAGAAGAGCGCGUGGUCCCCUGCUUCGGCUGGCACCCCUGGUUCUCGCACCAGAUGUACGACUCAGCCGCCUAUGCCGACAAAGAGACCCUCAACGAUGAAGACAAGAUCGCGCACUAUCAAUCCGUACUAGAUCCUAGGUCCGAGGACCGAGACUUCUGCCUCGCGCUUCCCGAUCCUCGCCCCCUUUCGCAGUUUCUUGAACAGACAAGACGGCACCUUGAGCAACACCCUCUCGCGCUAGUGGGAGAAGUUGGGUUGGACAAGUCGUUCAAGAUCCCAGAGGCCUGGAUGCCGGAGCACCAGGAGCAGCGAGACGACUCGCUCACGCCUGGAGGCCGGGAGGGACGGCGUCUCUCGCCGUACCGCGUGUCGAUUGAGCACCAGAAGGUCGUGCUGCUUGCACAGCUACGACUGGCGGGGAAGAUGCAGCGUGCUGUCUCCGUCCACGGCGUACAGGCCUCUGGCGUCCUGUUCGAGACGCUGCGAGAGACGUGGAAGGGGCAUGAGAAGGUCGGGAAGAGAAAGCAGAAGAAGAUGCAAGAGAACGAGAAGCACGUGGGUACGGAUGAGAACGGUGGUGCAAAGUCGCCGAAACCGUAUCCGCCGCGCAUAUGUCUGCACUCGUAUAGUGGGUCCGCGCAGCAGUUGAGUCAGUAUUACCAGCAGUCCAUUCCUGUAGAUGUGUUUGUGUCGUUUUCGACGGCGAUUAAUUUCUCGGGUUCAAGGCCGCCCGACGCGGUGGAGGAGGCCAUUAAGGCUGUCCCGGAUGGUAAUGUACUGGUGGAGAGUGAUUUGCAUAUUGCUGGAGAGCACAUGGAUAGGCAUCUCGAAGACAUCGUGAGGGUAGUGUGCCGAGUCAAGGGAUGGAGUCUAGACGAUGGCGUGCGGCAGUUGGGCCAGAACUGGAAACGGUUUGUUUUUGGUGCUUGA